AUGGCCGAGGAAACCGAGAAUCUGAUCUUAGCGCAAGAGUACAAAAUUGGUGCUCUCAAACGUGUGCUCAUCAACUACAAGAAACUCCCGAAGACCGCUACGUCCGGGGAGCUAAAGGGUCUGCCCUACUUCGUGGACAACGUAAUCCUGGAAGCCGAGGACGUAUAUGCCAACACCAGCGACAUUCUACAAAACGCGCUAAGUAGACUGUUACCCGCUAACACUAACUCUUCAUUAUCCGAUAGUCACGACGAGUCAGUUUCGCGCGAGUCGGGUUCUCAGAUCUCGCGAUUGUCACGUAUAUCGUUGCCAAAAUUUACCGGCGUCGCGAGAUCUCGCGUCGUGCUGACAUUAAAGCCGUGUUCCAGUGCGGAACCGGCCUUUCCGCUGCACGCCUACGUGUUUCAAAAUAUCACUUCGUACGCCGCGUCACGGACUCAGCCCGUCGAGUCGUGGCCUCACUUGCAAGGCAUCUCAUUUGCCGAUCCCGAUCCUUCAAGUCGACAUCGGAUUCACUUACUAAUCGGUGCCGACUUGUACGGUUUCUUGUUGAAAAAUGGCCUCCGGCAAGGCCCUAUUGGAACGCCUACCGCUCAAUUGACAGCGUUAGGCUGGAUUAUCUCCGGCCCCACGGGUCGCGGCCGGAUUGAAUCCGAGAAUAUUUGCGUCUGUCAUAACGUGUCUACGCACGACACGAAUUUGCUUCUCAGCCGUUCUCCAGAAGGACGGUACAUUGUUCGAUUACCCUUCCGGCACGAACUACCAAUCGACAUAGGCGAUUCACUGCAUAUCGCCACGGUAUUCUACGAGAAAAUGGAAAGGAAGCUGCGUCGGUACGCCGAACUCUCCGCGCAGUAUAAUGACUUUUUGGUGGAAUAUCUCACCUUGGGACAUAUGAGCGCGAUCGAAAGUCCCUGCGACACCGCUCUUACGCCUGUGUACAUUCUGCAUCAUUCGGUUUUGCGCGAAACGAGUAGUACCACGAAGUUACGCGUCGUUUUUAACGCCUCGUGCAAAACGACGAACGGAACGUCGCUUAACGACCAUCUGCUGGUCGGACCGAAGUUACAGCAAGAUCUCCCCGCUAUUCUGCUGUGCUGGCGGCAGUGGCGUUUUGUUUACGCAGCAGACAUCGCCAAGAUGUUCCGGCAAAUCCUCGUGAAUAAUCUCGAUACCGACUUCCAACGAAUUCUCUGGCGUCCGCCCUGCGACACGCCGAUCACGCAUUUCCGGCUUUUGACCGUAACGUACGGGCUCGCUCCCGCUCCGUAUCUCGCGAUGCGCGUUUUGAAACAAUUGUCGUUAGACGAAGGGUCCGACUAUCCGGCGGCCGUCCCGAUACUACGCGACUCCGUCUACGUCGACGACGCGCUAUUCGGUGGAGAUGACGUCGUGUCGCUGAUGGAAUGUCGCGAGCAAUUGACGGGACUCCUUCAGCAAGGGGGCUUUCAAUUACGGAAAUGGGCGUCGAAUUCGCCUGAAUUGCUGCGCGAUUUGGGACAUUCUAUGGACAUCCCGUGGACGUCCUGCCGGCUAAACGGACAUCCACAGGAUGUCCUAUUGUAG